AUGGCCGAUCUCGAAAAGCAACCCAAGACCAUCGACGAGGCUCCCGUCGGAACUGGCAGUGACGCCCCCGCUCCUGCUCCUGUCAACCCGACUCCUCGCAGCAUCACCCGCCCAUUGGCUGAAUACGACGGAACCGAGCUCGAGCGUGUCCGCACCAGCGAUACGCAGCGUGCCUUCCCCGUUUACCCUCACAGGAAGCUCGGUAACCCCAGCCCGCUUGGAUUGAUGUCGUUUGCCUCGACCUUGUUGAUGUACAGCUUGUACUUGCUCCGUACUCGUCACAUCCAGGCUACUAACGUGGUUGUUGGUAUGGCUAUGGCGAUUGGUGGAUUGACUCAACUUUUGGCUGGAAUGUGGGAGUUCGCCGAGGGCAACUCGUUGGGAGCUACUGGAUUCAGCUGCUAUGGAGGCUUCUGGCUCUCGUACGCUGUCAUCAACUGGCCCGGCACUGGUAUCCUCGAGUCUUACACUGGAAACGCCGCGAACCAACUCAACGAUGCCAUGGGUGUUUUCUUCUUGGUCUGGUUCAUCCUGUCCCUUCUUAUCUUCUUCGGUACCUUCCGCUCCUCGAUCGCUCUCGCCUCGAUGUUGGGCUUCCUCACCCUGACGUUCUUGUUGCUCAUGAUUGGCGAGUACCAAGAGAAGCUCUCCGUCAUGAAGGCCGCCGGUGUAUUUGGUGCCAUCACCUCGUUCAUCUCUUACUACAUCGCCACCGCCGCCUUGUACAGCCCCGAGACCGGCUACUUGCACCUCCCUGUCGGCGAGCUCCCCAAGAGGCAGAACUAA